AUGACUGCGCGGGUCGGCUCGGGGCGCGUCGCCGCGCUCAACUUUGCGAACGCGCACCACGCCGGCGGAGGCUACCUGACGGGCGCGCGCGCGCAGGAGGAGGACCUGUGCCGGUACCGAACCUACUUGUUCAUUGAGGAGGACUUGUGCCGGCUGAUGCCGCGGCUGCACCCGUCGCUGCUGCGGCUGCGCUACCCGAUGGGGGAGCGUGUCGCCUUCUACACGCAGACGUUGCUCUGCCGCUCUGCCGGAUCGUACGCUCUCGAGCACCCGAUCUAG